CUCAGUUCUGUGUGUACUGUUUCCUACACAAGUCAUUAUGGAACUACCUUCGAUCUGGGAAUGGUACCUAUGUACAGUCACUACAAUCCAGAUAUGACUUUUGAUAUUGCAUCAAACUCCAGCGGACAAUUGCGAUUGUACAUUCCAUUCCUUAACAUCAAUCGUACCAAAACUCUGAAUAAUGGACACACUACUUUAACAGUAUCAAACCAAUUAAUCAGCAGAGGAAAUUUUACAGAAAAAAGAGGAAUCCGUAUUCAAACUGAUGUGCCCGUUGCAGUUUUUGUAACCUUGUAUUUAAGUGGUUUAACGGAAUCUUACCUGGCAUUGCCUGUAUCAUUUGCUGGAAAAAGUUAUAUGUUGGCUGCCUUUGAACCAUAUAAUGGUGCGUAUUCCGAAGCUCUCGUUGUCAGCAGUUUUACCAAUACGAUUGUAAAUAUAACAACAAAGAGACAGAUGACUUCGUCGGAAUCUUUGAACUGGCUAGAUGCAAAACAAAUUGCUGAAACAAAUGAUAUUUCCGGGACUGACAUAUCUGCAAAUGCAAACGUUUCCGUAAUAGCAGGUACUACUUGUGCUCAUGUACCACAUAAUUACACUUAUGACUGUGGGUUUAUUGUUGAACAACUCAUACCUACUAAUGCAUGGGAAAAGGAAUAUAUCGUACCUAAUAUGCCCCCAAGGACAGGGGUUUUGAUACGUGUGCUUGCACACAAAAAUCAAGAUGUUUGUUUUUACACACAACGUGGAUCUACUUGUAAACAAGUUCUUAAUCCUCAGCCAUUAGAAUUUUCCACAGGGUCUGAACCGGUUGUUGUAAGGUCCAACACCACUAUUAGUGUCAUGUCAUAUGGCGUACAAGGAGGUCCAUUUAUGACAGUUGUUCCAGGUAUUAAGAACUUCAUGAACGAAUAUCAUUUCGUCGUACCAUCCACAUAUUCCUCAUUUAAUAAUUCUUUAGCAGUUGUUAUACAAUCUGCUCAAUCAAGUGGACUAAUUCUUGAUGGAGCUUCAAUAAAUUCAAUAAAACACAUGACUUCAACGUGCCACAACCAUUUGAUAGUUACAGUGUCCUUAUUUUAAACAUCUCAACUGGAUACCACAAACUAAGUCACCAAAAUGCAAAAGUGAAGUUCGGAGCAUUUCUCUACGGAAACGGAUACUAUGCAGGGUAUGGACUUCCACUUGGAAUACAGAAAGUAACAGAAAAGUUAACUGAUGGGGGCAAUAUAUGUUACUAUUGCAACGAGAUAUUCCACGUUGAACUGUGUGACGUUGUCAAGCGGUGCUCGGAAAAUGAGAUAUGCUAUUUAGAACGGUUUUCAAAGCAUGGCAGACAAACGUUUAGAUCCGGCUGCAUAUCACAGGAGUUAAGUAUAAUUUAUGUUUAUAAGUUGAUUUUAUGUUUACAACAUUGAUUUUAUGUUAUUAAAUGUUUUAUAACAAAAAUAUAUAACGAUAAUGAUACAUGAUUCUCUGUCGUAAUUUUCCUGAUGUAUGAAGCAAAUUGUGUCCCCAGCUUUAAAAAUACUCUCACUUUUUGUCGAUUGAAUACAUGAGACCGAAUUAAAUGCGAUAUGUUAAUUGAUAAUUCCGGAAUACAGUGUAUUAAUGAUUUUGGUUUGUAAGAAAAACACUUUUUACAUGUUACAGGUAUGUUUGAAAGAAUCAGAAACUGCUGGUAACGACCCAGACAGAUGUGUAGACUGUUGUUCAGGAAGUUACUGUAAUCACAAGGGUUGUGGAGAGACCGGUUUACCCGCAAGAGAUCAGCGCGGUCCAUUAUGCUAUGACUGCGAGUAUGCGUUUUCUCCUGAUGAAUGUGACACACUGAUGCUGUGCGAUCAGGGACAGGUUUGCAGCAUAGAAGAAACUAGAUGGGGAACGCAUUCUAAUUUCAGAAUGGGUUGCGCCCAUGCAUCGUGCAGUCCAAUACAACGUUCUGUGCAUGUGUUGCCACGUUCAACUCCCACUUGCCAAGCCUGUUGCAGUAUGGACUAUUGUAAUUUGAAUUGCACAAUGGGAUCAGGGCAUGGACAACCUAUCAUAGUAGGAUGAAGAGGAAGUUGGAUGAACUUAACAAUGUUCAUUAUUUGAGCUGUGCCAUGACAAAACCAACAUAGUGGGUGUGCGACCAGCAUGGAUCCAGACCAGCCUGCGCAUCCGCGCAGUCUGGUCAGGAUCCAUGCUGUUCGCUAACAGUUUCUCCAAUACCAAUAGGCAUUAAAAGCGAACAGCAUGGAGCCUGACCAGACUGCGCGGAUGCGCAGGCUGGUCUGGAUCCAUGCUGGUCUCAAACCCACUAAGUUGGUUUUCUCAUGGCGCGGCUCAUUUAUCAUUAUCAUUCUAUAGAUUUGUAGCAUGUAUGUUUUGUUCACGUAAAGAAAAGAGAAACCAGGAGCUGAUGCAUUAUAUAACAAAUGUUGCUGUUAUAGGAUAAAACUUCAUAUAAAUUUCAUCAGAAUUAGUAUUUGUAUUUUGUAUAAACAGAUCAGUAAUCAGGAUGUUAAUUCUUUAAAAUGGUUAAAGGUUGUGAACAAUGAUAAGAGAACUCUUGGAAAAACAAAACACGUAUUUACAAUGAAAAGAAUUAUUAACAAAAAGAACACAUUUAUAUCAUUGCAAUGAUAUACUUCAGUAAGUCGCUUUUUAUGGUCAGAGGACAUGCUUUCAUUUCCUAGGGCAAA